UAACAAAACCAAUUGAUCCCCGGCCGCUAAGAUGGCUCCCAAACGCGCCCUGUUCUCUCUCAACGUCGAUUCACAAGCCGACCACAUCUACCAACGCAUCAAGGACCACUCCAAACCGGGCGAGAAGACGAGGGUCAUUGAAACUACAGGACCAACUGUCGGCCACACAGACCUCCAGUACCUCAGCAAACCGUUCGAAAAUCUCGUCAACCGCACCGUGCAAGGCGUCGAAGAAGAAACCGGCAAGAAACUCCACAGCGCAGAGAGAGAACUCACAUACUCCUCCCAACGCAGCACCGCGGGAACAAGCUCCAAACACACCGUGAAAGACUCGACCCGCACCAAGGGCCGCAUCGAGAAGCUGUACGACACCUCCGACCUCUAAGCCCCCCAACUCAGAAGACAAGAUAUUCGAAUAUGUCCGCUCCCUCCCCCCUCCGCAUAGUCGUCGGCUGCGACAGUGCGGGCGUCAGCUACAAGAACGCCAUAAUCGCCGACCUCAAGAAAUCGAAUCUCGUCUCAGACAUUAUCGACAUCGGCGUCCCCGAGACGACUGAUGAUACAGCGUACCCCCACGUUGCCGUCGACGCGGCGAAGCUCGUUGCUGAGGGCAAGGCAGACCGCGCGGUGCUGAUCUGCGGCACUGGAUUGGGCGUGGCGAUCAGUGCGAACAAGGUGCCUGGCAUUCGGGCUGUGACUGCGCACGAUUCUUUCAGUGUAGAGAGGUCGAUCUUGAGUAAUGAUGCGCAGGUGUUGUGUAUGGGUGAGAGGGUCAUUGGGCUGGAGCUGGCGAGGAGACUGAUCAGGGAGUGGCUUGGAUACAGAUUCGAUAAGAGCAGUGCGAGUGCGGCGAAGGUCGAUGCUAUUACGGAACACGAGAAGAAGAAUUUCGCGGGUCUGGGUAAAUUUGACAGUGUUACGAGCUGCUCGUAAGACAGUCACUAGGGAGGGAUGAGGAUGGACAAGAUCGAUUCACUGGUAUUAUAUCGA